UAGCGUCACCACAGUGCGCUUCCAAAUUCAUGACUUCGCCUUUCCUCAAAUCUCACAGAGACAAAGAAACGUCCGCGGCAGCCUCAUGAGAACAUGUUGUUGACGAAGGACUGCUUAUCUGAUGCCUUCACCCGUUUGGACGGGUUCUGUUCGUUCGAGCUGUAGAGAAGUUGGACCUGCAGAGCGUCGCUAACAUGAUGGCUGAAGAUGACAGUGAGUGGAUAGUGGAGAGCAUCGUUGGCUACCUGGGAAGUCCCGAGUGGGUCAUUCCUGUCUCGGACUUUAUGGAAAACAAAUGCACAGUUUUUGACGAGGAAGAUGAAAACAAGUUAUCAUAUACAGAAAUCCACCAUCAGUAUAAAAAACUGGUGGAGAAGCUGCUGGAGACUUACAUGCAGGAGGUUGGCAUCAAUGAGCAGCAGCUAAUGGAUGCAUGCACGUCUCCUUUUGCCAAGUCCCCAGCUCUGCAGCCUGUGUUCCAGCCAGUCCUUGCUACAGAUGACUUCCAGAUGUUUCGCUCAUUAAUGGUUCAGAAAAACAUGGAGCUGCAGCUUCAAGCCCUCAGGGUCCUGAAAGAAAACAACGGGGCCCUUCCAGAGUGUCUGACUGACGGUGUUGACGUGAUGACUGAGUUGCAGCAGCAAGAAAUGAAAAUCCUUGAGGAGGUUCUCAAAAAGUCAAAAGAAGAAUACGAAAAAGAAAUGUCCAGGAGGCUGCUGUUCGAGGGGGAAACUGGUGCCACUUCCAGCAGCGGCACUCACAAGUCAAUAAAAGCCAGUAGUGACUCUCAGAUUACCACGUUAGGUCCAAGCCAGCCAAGCAACCCUUCCAAACCCACAUCAGAUUGUGGCAAAAACAGCAUCCAGUCCAGAGUCCUUCCAACAGUAAGAGCUCCAGUAAAGUCCAGCGAGGUCUCCAACUCCAACAGCUCUCAAACUGUGGAGCCGAGUAGCAACGGCAGCCGUACUGCAGCCGAGGCUUGCCCGGAGCAGGCGUACAAGGAAGAUGGCUUCUCGACGCCGUACACUCAGCUGUCCUCGUCAGAGCAGCAGCAGCAACUCCAGCAGAGGGCGCUGUACCUGUGUCAGCAGAGAGACAAGCUGCACGCGCUGAGGAAAGACCAACAAAAAAACAAGCAAACCACCACAGCAGAGGAGGCGCAAUGCAGUCUCACAGCAGCAGCCUCUACCACCCCGGAGGCACAGGGACAACCCCAGAUGAAUGGGGCAAGUUCCCCUCCUCCUCUUCCUCCUCCUCCUUCAGCACAACCCUCUACUAACUCCUCUAAACAGAAGGAAAUACCUCCUGAGGAAAAGAAGAAGCUGCAGAAGAGAAAACACCUGGCUGAGAAACUGAAAGAGGAAGUGGUCAAGAAAUGAAUUUGCUUCCAAAUGCAGUACUCAUGUUUAACCCUGUCUGCUCUGCGGUACUCGCAACGCUUCAGCUUUACACUGACUUUAUACAACAUAGCUCAGCUUUUGUUUUCAUGAAAGUAAAACAUAAGACAUUAUUUUCUUUGUAUUGUUUGCUGUUUGCAGCACAAAGAGUCUUUUAAAUCAAAAAGAAAAAAAUUGUAUAGGUCUUC